AUGCACGCGCAGUACCGCACCCUCCGGAGCCUCCGCUCCAAGCUCCGUGCGCGAGGCAUUGACGAGACAAAGUUCAUCUCCGUCUUCGGUCUGAGGACCCACGGGGUGCUUCCAAGCCUCGGCCCGGCCACCGAGCAGAUCUACGUCCACUCCAAGGCGAUGAUUGUGGAUGACGAGGCAGCAAUAGUGGGCAGUGCCAACAUCAAUGACCGGUCCUUGCUGGGCAUGCGCGACUCAGAGGUGAAUAUUGUGAUCCAGGACGAGGGCCUGGCCCGCGCUGGCGGCCUGCGGGGAGGCGCUGCGGCGAACUUGCGCAAGGCCCUCUUCGUGCAGCACCUGGGCCUGUCCCGGCAAAAGCUGGAGGAGGUCUACGACAACCUGAGGAACGAGGCCUGGGUGGCGGAGCUGAAGCGGGUCGCGAAGCGGAAUACCGAGAUCUACGAGGAGCUCUUUGGGGCACUGCCCUCCGACCAGCUGAAGAGCUGGCAGCAUCUGGCGGCGCGGCGCCGGCAGGCGCCUAGCACGCUGAAGAACGCGGACUUCACCAGGAUCCCCUCGCCGGAGGCGGCGAAGGCGCUGCAGGAGGUGCAGGGCUACUUGGUGGAGUUCCCGAUUGACUUCCUGGCACAGGAGGACUUGGCGCCCUCGGUGGUGGCUAACCUCCUGGGCCCAGUCUUCACAUAG